AUGCACGCACCUGCACUCACGCACUCACGCAUUACUCUCACACUUUCGGGAUCGGGAGAUCAUCUGCAUCGCCCCGCCGCAGCCGCAGCAACUCGCUAUCGGCCGGACUGGGGUCGUGUUCCGCUUUGUUUACUUAUAUGCGUCCUCGUCGUCCUCGUCGUGAUCAACGCGAUCGAUCGACGACCGGGGACGCGACGCUCUUUUACUAUCCUAUUUGGCUGCGUACAUACGGAUGGGCAGGCACGACUGGGCCGCCCGACGUUGAAUUUGGGUUACUUACAUCACACUCUGCUAUUUCUAGCUAGCUAG